AUGAUAGAGUUUCCUCCAGGCCUUGCAGAAAGAAAGGAAGCUAGAGCAAGCAAGAAGCCCCAGAAGGAAAAAACACAAAGAAGCAUAGGAGAGAGAGCAAGAGAGAGGAAGGAAGGGAAUCCGUCGUACCGAUGGCUGUGCGGGAUCGCAGACGGCUGGACCUACGGGGCCUUAAAGCCUGUAAGAACAAGAAGAGGAAAGAAGGAGGAGACGACACGUCGGGGUGUGUGCGCACCAGCGCAGGCAGGGACGGGACGACCUCUUUGCUGCCCCAGAGACAGACAAAGAAAGAGGGAGAGGCGAGCUCGGUACAGUACUCGAUGCUCGAGGUUCCAUAUUUCGAGGCAGGAGAUUGACGACUUGGAGCUUGGAGCAAAACAGAUUUCGCUCCAGCACACAACAGCUCGAGAGUCCGAGCCUGCGCCCGUGCCGAAGAGCUUUCGGCCACAAGUGCCAGCAACGAUGCUCCAUCCUAUGAGCCACAGCAAACAACAGGACCUGGCGCUGGGACUGCAGAAGGCUUCGGCACUCUUUGAAGCCCGAUUGCGGCAGAUGGAGGCGGCCAAGGAUCAGGAGCUGGCUACGCUGCGGGAGAGGGCCAGUGCUGCACUCCGCAAGGUCGAAGAGCAGCGAGCUCUUGAAGUGCAGGGCCUGGCCCGGCAGCUGGAACAGGAGCGAGCAGCGCGGGAUGCAGCUCAGUACCACAUCGAGAGCUUACAGAGGAUGGUCGAAGAGCUGCGGCAAGAGGCCUUGGAUCGACCCUCGGAGGCUGAAGCCUUCCGCUUGCGAGAGCAGUCAAGGCAGCUCCGUGAACAGUUGGCCGAGACGGAGUCCAGUCUGAGAGCUUCGCGAAAAGGUCUGGAGGAUGCGCAGUCCGCCCAAGAAAAGCUGCAAGAGAAGUUGCGAAAGGCAGAGCGCCAGCUGAAAGAGAAGGCUGCUGUGCCGACCCUCCCUGUCGGCAGCUCGGUCGCCGAUCCAGUUCCGAGAAGUCUCCCAGCAGAGGCUGUCCAGUGGUCUGCACCCUUGCCGGAGCCGCUUCCCGUCGAACCCGGCUACGAGGGCUAUGCGGACGAGCGGCCCAGCUAUGCCGAGCAGCCGCCUGAUUCGUCUGGCUACUGGAACGAUCCGACCUCCAGGCAGCAAUACUAUGCGGAUCAGCCGCCUGGUUCCACUGGCUACUUGCACGAUUCGUCCUCCAGGCGGCCCAGCUAUGCCGAGCAGCCGCCUGAUUCGUCUGGCUACUGGAACGAUCCGACCUCCAGGCAGCAAUACUAUGCGGAUCAGCCGCCUGGUUCCAUUGGCUACUUGCACGAUUCGUCCUCCAGGCGGCCAAGCUAUGCCGAGCAGCCGCCUGAUUCGCCUGGCUACUGGAACAAUCCGACCUCCAGGCAAGAUGCUUCUGCCGACCAGGCGCCCGGGCAAGACAGCUCCUGGCUUGACUCAGCCAGCAGGUUCGCGGCUCCCGAACAUCCUGAGCAAGUCCAGUGGCCCCAGCCGGGCUUCGGAGACACGCGGGAGCUGCAGCUGCCAUUCCCGGCCGAGGGGGCGAAAGAAAAGAAGCGGAAGAAGGACAAGGGCAAGAAAGAGAAGAAGUCAGCUCGCCAGCCAGAGACUGCUGAUCCCUGGGCGAGCCCAAACAGUGUUCCGGUGGCCCCAGAGCAGCCCGAGGAGGGACAGAAGAUCGAAGCACUCAAGGCCAUGGGCUUUGAAGAAGCUCGAAUUCGACAAGUCCUGGAGGCCGUUGGUGGCAGUGUAGAGAAGGCGGUGCCAGUUCUUUUGGCGGAUGAGUAA